AUGGCUGAACCAAAGACCGAGUUUGGCGUUGAGAACAGCGAGGAGAAGACUGUGAAGGAGCUCAUGGAGAAGCAGGAUGAGGCCAUCAAGGUCACGGAGAUCGAGGAGGACCUCGAUCUCUACGUGCCCCUGAAGAUGGAAGCCGACAUCCCCCACGAGCCGAACCCUCUGACCAUCCGUGCCGUUGUGGUCGGUAUCUUGCUGGGUUCCCUGGUGAACGCCUCCAACCUGUACCUUGGUUUGAAAACGGGAUUCACCUUCUCGGCAUCCAUGUUCGGUGCCAUCUUCGGAUACGGUAUCCUGAAGAUCAUGUCGCAAACUUGCGGCAACAUCCCCAUUCUUGGCGGCUCCUUUGGACCCCAGGAGAACAGUAUCGUCCAGGCUGCUGCAACUGGUGCCGGUGGUAUCGCCGGUAUCUUUGUGGCCGGUAUCCCCGCCAUGUACCAGCUAAAGGCUGAGACCGGCAACCCCAAGGACGAGUAUGGCAAGAUUUUGACCAUCACGCUCGUCUGCUCCUUCUUCGGUCUGUUCUUCGUCACGCCGCUGCGAAAGUUCUUCGUCAUCCAGGUGGCGCGCGAGCUGAAGAUGCUCUUCCCUACCCCGACUGCCGUUGCCCUGACCAUUCGCUCCAUGCACGCCGGUGCCGCCGGUAGCAAGGAGGCCAUGAGCAAGUUGAAGGCCUUGGGCGUCUCGUUCGGAGCCGCCCUGGUGCAGCGUGUGUCCUCCUACUACGCCAUUGGUAUCCUGUACGACUGGCACUUCUUCACCUGGAUCCACAUCUGGAGUGGCUACACUUCCUGGGCCAUGAACAUUGAGUCGUGGGGAUGGUACUUUGAAUGGACUCCUGCCUUCAUUGGCAGUGGAAUGCUGAUCGGAAUGAACUCGGCCAUCUCCAUGUUCGGCGGUGCCGUUCUGGCGUGGGGUGUCAUCGGCCCGACCCUUGUCCACUACGGCGAGUGCAUUGGACUGGCGCAGAACUCCAUGGUCGACGAAGUGACUGGGGAGAAGAUUUUCGACCCCAACUGGGAUGGUUAUUACACCUUUGCCUCCCUCAAGAACCUGGGCAAGCAGACGCCGUCGCCCCGUUACUGGCUACUCUGGCCCGGUGUCAUGAUCAUGGUCUGCUGUUCCAUGGCCGAGCUCUUCGUCCAGUACAAGAUUGUGUGGUAUGGCCUUAGCACCGUCGGACGGGAUAUGUGCGGUGGCAUCAACAGCUUCCUCGUGAAGCGCGGCAAGCACGUUGCCUUCUUCGAGAAGCGCGCAGCCAGGGCCGGCUCCGACGAUGCAAACUUUGUCCAGGACACCGCCCGCCCGGAGGACCAGGUCAAGACCUGGGUGUGGAUUGUCGGUCUCCUUGUUACCAUCGUCGUUGCCAUGGUUGUCUUCGCCCUGCUGUGGGGCAUGCACCCUGGAUUGACGGUUCUUGCCUGUGUUCUCGGUUUCCUGUUCUCCUUCCUGGCCAUCCAGAUUGGUGCUGUGACGGAUCAGACACCUCUUACAGCCGCUUCCAAGGCCUCGCAGCUCGUCUUCGGUGCUGCCACCAAGAACAGCGGCUUGACGAUCAAGGAUGCCCAGCGUGUCAACUUGGUCGCGGGUGGUCUGGCCUCGGGUGCUGCCGAUGUGGCGACGAGUUUGACAGGUGACUUCCGCACUGGCUUCCUCCUCGGCACCCCGCCCGUCAAGCAGUGGACGGCCCAGGCGAUUGGCACGUUCGUUGCCGUCUUCCUGGCCCCUGGAUUGUUCGUACUCUUCACCUCGGCUUACCCUUGUAUCCUGGACCCCGAUGCCGACAAGUGUGCCUUUGGUAUCCCCUCGGUCUCGGCAUGGAAGGCCGUCGCCCAGGCCGUCACGGACCCGAAUGUCAGCAUCCCGCUCACAUCAGGUAUCUUCUCCAUCGUCAUGGGUGUGGUCUCGAUUCUCCAGGUUGUCGUCCGCCACUACUACCUGGUUGGCGAGCGUGAGUGGAUCCGAGAGUACCUGCCCAACUGGGGUGCAAUUGCCCUGGCAUUCGUCCUGCCCAACCCGGUGUUCACCACGGCCUCGCUCUUUGGUGCCAUUGUCGCUCACUGCUGGCGCAAGUGGAACCUCAAGUCAUUCGACAUCUACGGAUACGCCACGGCUGCCGGCCUGAUUGCCGGUGAGGGUCUUGGUGGUGUCGUUGGUGCCGCACUGCAGCUUGGUGGUGUUUCCGGUGAUGUGCUGGGUACCCAAAUCGGAUGCCCCGCUCCCUUCGGCGAGCCGUCCUGCCCAUAA